AUGCAAGACAAUCCUUGUAUAGAUAAUGAUAAUUUUCAUGAUUGUAAUGGGGAUUUAUCGAAAUCCAACGAACGAAAUCAACCAACACAUUUAAACAAAUGUAAAAAUAAUAAUACAAUAGAUUUAAAUGAUCUAACAUAUGACAAUGAUGAACUAGAUCAGAUGAAACGAUCACAUUCAUGUAAAUAUAAUUCUUUCAACGAGUCACGUUCAUCACCAUUGAAAAGAUCUUUACCAUUUGAAAAAUCGCGCCAUUAUGUUUGGCGACCAGUGUCAACAUUUGUAACAAAUUUACAAUCAAAAUUAAUGAAUCAUUCAAAUUGUUUAAAACCGGAACAAACAAAUCAACUGAUUGAAAAUAAACCAACUAUUAGUCAUCUUGGUCGAUUUGAUGUUGGUUGUCCAUCGGGAUGUAAUUCUUCUAUAGCUGAUGUUUCUGUGAAUGAAGAUUAUGAUUUGUACACAGAUAUGAUACAUACAUCCGAAUUGUCAAAUCAUGAAUCAACUGUAGUUCACCAACAACACCAACAACAACAAUCAAAUGAAUAUAGACAUUGUACAAAAUCACCUCAAUUUAUGGAAAAUGAUUAUUUAUCGAAAACCUGUACAGGUAAUUCAAAAGCUUCAAUCAUAGUCAGAUUAAAUGUCAGUGGGACAAUAUUUCAUGUAAGACAUAGUACAUUAAAACGUGAUCCUUUUGUCUAUGGGAAAAUGUUAGAAGAUGCUGUAUGGAUUGCACAAACACGUGAAUAUUAUUUUGAAAGAGAUCCUGAAGUAUUUCGUUUUAUAUUAAGUUAUUUAAGACGUGGUGAAUUACACCUACCGCAUGGUAUGUGUGGUCCAUUAGUUGAAAAAGAACUUGAUGAUUGGGGCAUAGCGCUUGGUUUAGAUAUUCAACGAUGUUGUUUAGGACCAGUAAUGGAAAGUAAAUCAAAGCUAGAAUCUUUACAUAGAUUUGAAGAGAAAUUAGAACCGGAAGCUGUACGACCAGAUUAUUGGAUUCAGUAA